AUGUCUCAAGCAGACUCAGGCGUGACCCACACCUCCACCGAGAAGGGCGGAAGCGCGGCGCCUAGCGUAUUGGAUGUGCUUGAGAAGCACCUUUCACCUGACCCGUUGCGAAAUCAAGAUCAACGGGGGCCUAGAUCCCACAAAGAGGCGCCUAAACAAACAAAAUCGGCCCCCUCGUCUUCCGCGCCCACCGGCGAGGAGGCGCAUAUAGUGGCGGCGGCCUCCAUAGCUCCCACUGCUACCACUCCAGCGCCCUCCACGACUAACUAG